UUGAACUCUCUACUUAAUCACCCCUUCAUUCUCCCUCCAUCUACCUGUUCACGUCGUAUAUCAUUUGUCGAACCUUCGAUGCCUGCUGUUUAAGCUAUCGGCGAUCUCUGAUUAGCCCGAGAUGGCCACGGAAACCAUCACACAACUUGUGCAGCCAGCUACAAUUCCUCUUCAGACUAGUCGGGCCUCAAAAGGUCGCGAUGUAGCGACAACGCUCAAUUACUAUAGAAACCCUGGUGAUGGUUCACCUCCAACGCCCGUUUACGUAGGAGGAAACACUGUGACAAAUGAACGUCCGACGGCUCCAACGAAGGUGAUCAUUCAUGAUAUGACCGGAGAAGAGAAGAAGUAUAGCUUGGAUUCGUACGGCUUCGAAAUUGUGAAGCACGAGAGCAAAGAGAAGGACUUUGAUGAUGAAGAGCGGCUAAAGAGAGACUACUACCCAGAUUGCGAGAACCUGUACAAGGCAGUCACUGGCGCUUCUGAAGCUCACUUGUUCGGGCACCUAGUCCGCCGCGGCCCAACUCACUGGCACUCCCUCGGCGCCGGAAAUGCCGCAAAGAAAGGUCCACUCCACCGCGUGCACAUAGACCAAUCCUAUUCGGGCGCUGAGCUCAUCCUACGCAAAAACCUCCCAUCUCAAGCUGACGCUAUCCUCGGAAGCGGCCGCCGCUGGCAGAUCAUCAACCUCUGGCGCCCCAUUCGCACCAUCUAUAAGGACCCACUCGCCGUCGCAGCCGCACACUCCAUCCCUGAAGGAGAUCUAAUCGAGGCAAAAGUUAUCUAUACGAAGCAGCCACCGCCGCUGAAUGAGAAUCGGACGUGGACAAUCCUGCCGAAUGAGAAGCAUGAGUGGUACUAUAAGAAUGAGCAGAAGAGUGAUGAGGUACUGUUGAUCAAGUGCUUUGAUAGUAAGGUGGAGGAGGGAUUGGCAAGACGGGCGCCGCAUUGUGCGUUCAAGGAUCCGGAAAGAGAGGGAAACGAGUUUGCGGAUCGGGAGAGUGUGGAGAUUAGGGCUGUGUUGGUGUAUGACAAGUGA